AUGAAAGGUAGUCUAAAGACCCCGAGGCCUCUUGAUCUGUCGUCGCAGUCGCCAGAGGCCUGGGACGACUGGCUUCAGAGCUAUGAAUGGUACGCAACAGCGAUCCAGUUACAGAAGAAACCUCCCGAAGUUCAAGUAGCGAACUUCAUGACUGUCAUCGGCCCAGACGCACAGAACCUGUUCCGAACGCUCGCACUGAGCGAAGACGACAAGAAAAACCUGGACAUCGUAAAGCAACGGUUCAAAGAGCACUUCCACCCGAAGGUCAACCAUGCCUACGAACGGUACAGGUUCAAUCAAAUGAAGCAGAAAGAGGGCGAGACUUUCAACGAGUUUCUGACGGCCGCAAGACUACAAGCAAAGAAAUGCAAGUUCGGUGAGCUGACUGACGAACUACUACGCGAUCGCAUUGUCGUUGGCAUCACCAACGACAAAGCCGUGAAUCUCUGCAAGGCGAGCGAACAGGCGUCACAGCAGCUCAAAGAAAUCGCAAACAAAGAAACGAGGACUGUCGACGCCGUCACGAAGAAGACAAAGCAGCUACCGAGAAAGAACACUGUCGCGGAGACAAAAGAGCAAGCGCCGGCGAAUUCGGGAAUGGCAAGAAAAACAUGCAGCUUCUGUGGAGUAUUUCACAGACCAAAAGAAUGUCCAGCGUAUUGCAAGACGUGUAACAAGUGCCAAAAGAAAGGACACUUUGCUGCAGUGUGCCGAUCAAGCAGAAGUAUGGUGCAACACAAGGUCCAUGCCAUCGACAACCACGAAGACCCUGAAGAAGAAAUGUAUGUGUCGGAGCUGAGAACCAAGACAAGCAAGACAGUGUGGCAAGGAGAAAUCCAGUUCAAGUGUGGAACUAAAGUUGUCAUGAAACUGGACACAGGAGCGCAAUGCAAUGUCCUUCCAAACAAGAAUGUCCAAGCCAUGAGACUACAAGCGUUCCCUUCGCCAGUCAAAAGAAUCGCAACAUACAGCAAUCACAAGAUGCAAGUGAUCGGUGAGGUGAGAGAAACAUGCACUGUCCGUGAUGAGCCGGCGAAACUGAAAUUCCUCGUUGGGAACUCUGACGUGACACCAGUUCUGGGUCAGAACGCAUGCAAGCUCCUCAACCUCGUUAAGAGAGUGCACACAGUCCAAGCAACGCAAGAAGAUGACGAAAUGUUUCAAGGCAUCGGUUGCAUCAAGAACUUUGUCUAUGAUGCCGAUGCCAAAGAGGAAGCAAGCAAGAAGCUGGAAAACAAGCCACGAAGAAGGGUCCCAUAUGCGCUUAUGGAUGAAGUCAAGCAAAAGCUCACGAGCACGGAACAGAAAGGAAUCGUCGAAAAAAUCACAGAACCAACUCCAUUCUGCAGUGAAAUGGUUGUUGUGAAGCAGCGAGGAAAGAUCAGGAUCUGCAUCGAUCCAGUGGAACUGAACAAAGUUCUCAUAAGACGAAACUAUCCUCUCAAGACUUUGGAAGAAAUUGUUGCGCAUAUCAGAGGAUCCAAGCGGUUCACUCCGCUAGACCUCAAGAAAGGAUUUUGGCAAAUGCAAAAGUUCGUGCCCAACCUUGCGGACAAGACUGCACCACUGAGAAACCUCAUCACCAAGGACACUGAGUGCCUGUGGACAGAGGAACAGAGCAAGGCACUGAUCGAAAUCAAGCAAGCGCUGAAGAGUGCACCAACACUCACAUACUACAACGUUAAUGGUGCUAUGACCCUUUCAGUGGACCAGUACGCACCAACAAUCGUCUACAAGAAAGGAACAGAACUCGUGAUCGCAGAUCUACUGAGCAGAGACUGCAUCAAGAACGAGUAG